ACGUUGUUGGUGGCCUUGAAUUAGUGCUAGACCGCCCUCAAGUCAGAUGAUGUCAGUGAGCCUGGCAGAUGGCAUGCGUUGAGAUGACGCAUCGCAGCGCGCAGGUGUCGAGGUCAGACCGUUAUCUGCACACGCUCUGAUGUUACAUGACAGGGCACACUUGAUAAGUUGGAUGUGACUCGUGACCCGUCGCAUCACAGAGGACUAUUAAAAAGAAAGACGUUGUGCGUGUGGAUAAAACAUAUCACAGUUAUGUUAGAGAUAAUAUCUGCGUGUGCGCACUGACUCUUUAGCUUACAUGCGUGAACAGUGAAGAAGUGAUAGGUCGCAAUUUGAAGUGAAGAAACAGUGACAGUGAGGAAGUGAUAGGCUACACUUUGAAGUGAAGAACCAACGGAGAUAUUCCUUUUUGAAGUAACAUUUGACUUGUGCUGAUUUUCAAGGAAUUUUCGACAUCAUGGGUGCGUCGUCCAUCAAUCUCAUCGCGAUCCUAGUCUUGAUUUCCGGGAGUCUAAUGCUGUCCCACGCCGUCUACUUUUCCUACGCUCCCAAAGGCAGUCCCGACGAACCGUGCAUCCUUCUAGACAUUGACUUCAACAUCACCAUGAAGAUUUACGAGAACGGCACGGAGGUGGCCACGGCGGUGCGCACCGAUGAUGACCAGGGCAUCACCGUUCAAGGAAGCUGCGGCAUCGUGAGCACGCUCAUCCUACGCUUCUCAAACGGCACCAGCUGGUCGUUUCUCUUUAAAAAUAAGGACGGGGUAGUCAGCCUCGAUCGGCUGGUUCAGUUUCGUCCAAAUCAGCUGUUUGGGCCCAGCUUUCCGUAUAAAGAUUACAUCUCCUUCGACGACCCCGGAAUCGCUACAAUCUCGGACGAGAACUCUUCCUACUCGUGCGUUUCAACACAGCGGACGGAGUAUAACCCAGUGGGAGUGCUACCGGAAAACGUUACAUUUACUGUAGUGUCCGUGGAAUCAAACAUACGUGCUCAAGGUUUUAACGUGAAGGACGGUCAGUUCGGUCCGCCAUCUUCCUGCAGCGCUGACCUCACCUCGACAAGUCCUGUAACUGGAGCCUCGAACUCGACCACACCCACAACCACGCCCUCAACCACAGCCACGCCCUCCCCGCCAACCACCCUGCAGCCUCUGCCACCUGUCAACAACUACACCGUGCAGGGAGAGAACAGCACCUGCAUCGUCCUGUUAGGCGCCAUUGACAUCAGCAUUACGUACGAGGCUAACACGAGCACUGGGAUAGUGAAGCGAACCCCUACUUUCCAAGUCCCUCCAAACGCCAACGCUAGCGGCGACUGCGACUCCAUCCCGACAUCUCAAGAACUGGUUAUCUCCUUCUACAACGGUUGGUCUUUGACCUUCACCUUCGACACAGACAAAGAGACCCAGGAUUUAGCCAGCGAGGAGAAUAUGUCGUACCGCAUUUCUAACAUCACCGUCACUUACGUCAUAGACCAGCAGAACUUCCCGGAUGCCGUGAUACCGGAAGGAACCGUCAUAACAGCGGCCCCAGCCGCGGGAGAGGACAAUUUCCCAUCCAAGUCAGGAGAUACCGGCUUCUACAAGUGCAACACCAACCUCAGACUCACCAUCAGCGAUGACGUCAAAAUGGACACCAGGUUCCUCGAGUUCAAAGCCUUCAACGCAGACGGAAACGCCAAUUUCAGCGGGAACCCGAACGUCUGCAAUGCGGAUGGGGACUCGGACAACACAAUACCCAUCAUAGUCGGCAGUGUUCUGGGUGGCCUUCUGCUCAUCGUUAUCGUCAUUUUCUUCGUCUGCAGGUAUAAGAGGAACUCCAAAUACCAAGAAAUCUGACGAUAAAUUCCAAAGACUGUUGCCAAAAAAAAAUGAAGACUACACGGGGAAACUGGUGAUGUCACGUUUUACUAUCAACUCAAUAUUUAGGUGCAGAGACUUUCUGUCUCUAAAGUGUGUAGUUUUUCCUAGACGCGUUUUUUUUUUUUUUGGUUCUGUUGUUGAAAUAUUAAUUUAGUGGUCAUUUUAGACAGGUUCAUGGUGUUAUGUUAUGUCAUCAUUGUGUUGCACAGUGUGGAUAUGAAGAAAAGGACUAUGGUUUGGGCAUCAACAGUUUUUCUCCUAAAGUCCUCAAAUGUUAUAAUUUAAUUUUCACAACGAGAUCAUUAGUUAUGUACCGGUACUUAAGUUUUAAUGUUAGUGAGUUUAAUGGCAGCUGCAAAGAAAUUAAUAGUGUUACUAGCGUGAGACAAACAAAGAAAUUAAUAGUGUUACUAGCGUGAGACAAACAAAGAAAUUAAUAGUGUUACUAGCGUGAGACA